AGAGAGCUACGAUCGCUCCUCUCCUCCAGACUGAGUCUGUGUGGUCCGUGUGGAGCUGCUACAGUGGGAUGUCCUCGCUCUCUUUCUACACUGUUGCUAAGGAAAUGGAUGGUCUGAAUGGAUCCGCGGUCCGGGCUAAAUUCUGCGCCUCGACCCGUCACCAGCCCCCCGCUGCCGCUGUUAGUGCCGCUGCUCCCUUUCACUGUGUCACCGUGUGUGUUUACAGGAAUCACUGCGAACAGCGUGACGCGUCAGCGCCAGCUCUGCACCAGCCGGGUCCAGUGCAGCUGCAGCUGAAAAAGUGAGGAGGCUGGGGAUUUUGACUGGCAGCUGUUACGCCACCGAGGGAGGAGAAGAGGGGUGGAAGCGGCGGCUGGACAGUGGGGUGGACGAGCCUGGCUGGAGCUGGGUGAAUGCUGCCAAGCGAGGACAAGGGCUGAGGCGGCAGCAGCAGCGGCGUCAGCAGCAGCAGCAGCAGCGUAGACUCUCAGAAGGAGCAUGGCAUCCACGGGGAUGCAGAUAUUUGGAUUUGUUCUCGCACUGAUGGGCAUCAUGGGAGCCAUGGUGGCCACAGUGCUGCCCAACUGGAAGGUCAGUGCAGAUGUGGGCUCCAACAUCAUCACAGCAAUCUCCCAGAUGCAGGGACUGUGGAUGGACUGCACAUGGUACAGCACCGGCAUGUUCAGCUGCACACUCAAGUACUCGGUGCUUUCACUGCCUGCGUACCUGCAGACUGCACGCACCACCAUGGUGCUGUGCUGCGUGCUGGCCGCCAUGGGCCUCUGCCUCGCAUCCCUGGGACUAAAAUGCACGCGCUGGGGAGGCGGACGGCGCUCCAAGCGGCACGCCGCGAUUGCCAGUGGUGGCUGCUUCGUCUCUGCGGGGUUCCUGUGUCUCGUUCCUGCUUCCUGGUUUACCAACGAGGUCAUCACCAACUUCCUGGACUCUAGUGUGCCCGAGAGCAAUAAGUUUGAGCCCGGGGGUGCCGUGUACGUUGCUUUUGUCUCAGCGGGAUUUCUCUUUGUCGGAGGGUCCAUCUUCUGCAUGUCCUGCUCGGGGAAGCGACACGGCCCCCAAGACCUGGUCUUGCUCCCUCCCCCUGACAAACUGCUGCUCCAGCAGCAGCAGCAACAGCUGCUUCAGCAGCAGCAGGAUCUCCAGCAUCAGUACUGCUCUCUCUCCCCACUAGACAAUAAGACUGGCUACAGCCUGCAGGACUAUGUGUAAUAAAGCAGCGAUGUGUAUGCCACGGCUACAGGGAGACGAGCCUGAGGGGGAAACCAUCAUGGUUUAUGCUGCACACUGGGCUCUACGCUAGAUGGAGGUGGAGAAAAAAAUGAGGGAGGAGGGCAACAACUUUGAAUUCAC